AUAUUGAAGUUAUGGUGAAGAUGUUCUGAAAUUUUGCUUUACAUUUUUAGGUGUGUACAUUUUGUAAUUAACUAAACACUGAUUUCCAAAGUCUCCUGUUAAAAAUGGCUUUAUUCAAAUACCCUGAGCCACGCAAAGAUGAAAGUGCUAUUGAAAACUACCAUGGUACCAAGAUUUCUGAUCCUUACAAAUGGAUGGAGGAUCCAGAUUGUGAAGAAACCAAAUCAUUUGUGGCGGCUCAGAAUGAGAUCUCCAUACCAUAUCUGAAGGAAUGUUCAGUGCGCAAUCAGUUUGAAGAAAGACUUACAGAGCUUUACAACUACCCAAAGUACUCGUGUCCAAAGAAAAGGGGGAGCAAAUAUUUCUACUUUUUAAACACUGGACUACAAAACCAAAGUGUGAUGUAUGUACAAGAUUCCCUGGAUUCUGAACCCAAAGUAUUUUUUGAUCCAAACAAGUUAUCUGACGAUGGAACUAUUUCUUUGAGUCGAUAUUCUUUCUCUGAAGAUGGAAGUAAAUUUUGUUACGGUUUAAGCCAAAGUGGUUCAGAUUGGGUUACAUUAAAGUUUAAAGAUGUUGAGAGCGGUGAGGAUAUGGAAGAUGUGUUGAAUCGCGUGAAGUUUAGUUGCAUGUCAUGGACACAUGAUGGAAAGGGGUUGUUUUAUAAUUCCUAUUUAGAACAGAAGGGGAAAGCUGAUGGAACAGAAACAACUUCGAAUGUUGAUCAGAAGUUAUUUUACCAUCGGAUAGGAGAAAAACAAGAGAGCGAUAUACUUUGUGCUGAAUUCCCUGAAAAUCCUAAAUGGAUGAGUGGUGCUGAAAUAUCAGAUGAUGGAAAUUACAUCAUCUUGCAAGUUUCAAGAGGUUGUGACCCAGUGAACCAACUAUGGUACGCGGAUAUCAGGGAAAUGGGGGGGCAGAUUACAAAAGGCUUCACCUGGGUGAAACUUGUCGAUAACUUUGAUGCAGAAUAUGAUUACAUCACCAAUGGGGAAAAUGUCUUCACUUUCAAAACGAACCUUGAUGCUCCAAAAUACAAACUCAUCACAAUUGAUAUCAAUAAUCCUGAUAUGAAAAAUUGGAGAAAUCUUAUUCCCGAGCAUGAGAAAGAUGUGCUUGAGUGGACAGCUUGUGUGAACCAGAAUAAACUGGUUGUGUGUUACUUGCGUGAUGUUAAAAGCGUCUUGGAACUACGCCACCUCGCGGACGGCUCUCUCAUAAAACAGUUGCCGCUAGAUGUCGGUAGUGUUGUAGGUUAUUCUGGCAGGAAAGAUCAGGAUGAGAUUUUCUAUAUGUUCAUGUCGUUUCUCACACCAGGUGUUAUCUAUCGUUAUGACUUCAACGACCAGAAGCCAGAACCGAAGGUUUUCCGCAGAAUUGAAGUGAAAGGUUUCAACCCCGACCUUUUUACUACGAAGCAAGUGUUCUAUGCAAGUAAAGACGGGACGAAAAUACCGAUGUUUAUUGUUCAUAAAAAGGACAUUGAACUGACCGGUGACCACCCUACACUAUUAUACGGCUAUGGUGGAUUCAGUAUUUCUAUCACACCAAGUUACAGUGUGUCCAGGGUGAUAUUUAUGCAGAAUCUCGGUGGUUUAAUCGCUGUUGCAAACAUAAGGGGUGGCGGUGAAUACGGCGAGACAUGGCACAAAGCUGGUUCGGUCAGAAAUAAACAAAAUUGUUUCGACGAUUUUCAAUCGGCUGCACAGUUUCUUACAGACAACAAAUAUACUCGUCCAAGCAAACUGACUAUAAACGGUGGUUCGAACGGCGGGUUGUUAGUAGGAGCUUGUAUUAACCAACGACCAGAAUUAUUCGGGUGCGCUGUAGCUCAAGUCGGUGUAAUGGAUAUGCUGAAGUUUCACAAAUACACCAUCGGUCAUGCGUGGACGACAGAUUACGGAUGUUCUGAUGAUUGUGACGACUUUAACUGCUUGGUAAAGUACUCCCCCUUGCACAACGUAAAGUCUGUCCCAUCUUACCCAUCCUUGCUGCUACUCACGGGCGACCACGACGACCGUGUUGUCCCCCACCACUCGCUUAAAUAUAUCGCAACCCUGCAAGACCUCGUGGGGAGAUCCCCCGACCAGAGAAACCCGCUGUUAAUUCGUGUGGAUACGAAGUCGGGACAUGGCAGUGGAAAACCUACAUCGAAAAUUAUUGAAGAAGCUUCCGACAUGUACGGGUUCAUUGCUCGAUGUGUGGAAGCUCACUGGAGUGAUUAGUCAACAACAAUAUGUUAGUAUUAAUCUUUACCGAGUCACCUUAAUAGAAAAUUACUCAUAAAGUUCAAUCUACGUCGCUUAACUGAUGGUACUUCUUCGCUACCUAAUUCGAUGUUUGAACCCAUUGCGUGUAUACUGUAUUUAGGCAAUUUUUUCGCUAGCUUGAAUGUUUUUGUGUUAACAGAAGCGUUUCAUCGGUGUGUGUUGAGUUCAUUCAUUUAAUUUGUCGCGAAACGUUUAUAAUAAAUCGCUUGUGGUAUAUUAUA